GCAAGGGGUCAGGGAAGGCCUUGCUGUGGAGGUGCUGCCUGUGAUCAGACAGUGAAAUAGAUGGGAAAGGGGCCAGGAACGUCAGCGGAAAGAGUUUGACCAGGGAAGAGCCGGGGCAGAGGCCCCGGGGUGCUGGGGGAGGUCAGACCUGUGCGUGGCUGGCAGCGAGAGGAAGCACGGGGGGGCCGAGACUGGCGGGGUCUGGCGGGUCCCGUGGAGGCCGGGCUCCCUUCCAGGUGCCGUCCAGCUGGGUCCAGGAUGUUAGAAUUACACACUUAAGUCUUGAUUUGAGUGUUUACUUUCUUACCAUGGAAGAGUAACCGGCACGAAAAAACAGACAUUUGGUCUUGGGGAAUGUGAAGGCUCGUUGGAGAGGCAGAGCCUUGGAGAGCCAGUGACAGACUGGGCCAGCGCCAUCCGCAUCGCCGCUCUGGACUGCAUGGAAGACAAGAACCAGGCCGUGUGCCAUGACUACGACAUCCACUUCUACCCCACCUUCCGGUAUUUUAAAGCAUUUACAAAGGAGUUUACAACUGGAGAAACUUUUAAAGCAGGACCUGACCGCGAGCUGCGAACAGUCAGACAGACCAUGAUUGACUUCCUGCAGAACCACACGGAAGGGAGCCGGCCGCCUGCCUGCCCGCCCCUGAACCCCAUCCAGCCCAGUGAUGUUCUUUCUCUCAUUGACCACCGUGGCAGCCAUUACGUGGCUAUUGUCUUUGAAAGCAACAGCUCCUACCUUGGGCGAGAGGUGAUCCUAGACCUGAUCCCGUAUGAAAACAUCGUGGUCACCCGAGCGCUGGACGGGGACAAAGCGUUUCUGGAGAAACUCGGGGUUUCUUCAGUUCCCUCGUGUUACCUGAUCCACCCAAAUGGGUCACGUGGAUUGAUUAACGUCGCGAAGCCUCUUCGGGCCUUCUUUUCCUCUUAUUUGAAGUCAUUGCCAGAUGUGAGGAAAAAACCACUCUCCUUGCCUGAAAAGCCAAACAAAGAAGAAAAUUCAGAAGUCGUGGUUUGGAGGGAAUUUGACAAGUCGAAGCUGUACACGGCGGACCUGGAGUCGGGGCUGCACUACCUCCUGCGGGUGGAGCUGGCGGCCCACAGGUCGCUGGCCGGAGCGGAGCUGAAGACGCUCAAGGACUUUGUGACUGUCUUGGCGAAGCUGUUCCCCGGACGGCCAUCAGUCAGGAAGCUGUUGGAGAUGCUGCAGGAGUGGCUGGCCAGCCUUCCCCUGGACAGGAUCCCCUACAACGCCGUGCUGGACCUGGUCAACAACAAGAUGCGGAUUUCUGGAAUAUUCCUUACUAAUCACAUAAAGUGGGUUGGAUGUCAAGGAAGCCGACCUGAGUUGAGGGGUUACCCAUGUUCUCUCUGGAAACUGUUCCACACUUUGACUGUUCAAGCCUCGGCCCACCCAGACGCACUGGUUGGCACAGGCUUUGAAGACGACCCCCAGGCUGUGCUGCAGACGGUGAGGAGGUACAUUCGCACCUUCUUUGGGUGUAAGGAGUGUGGUGAGCACUUUGAGGAAAUGGCUAAAGAAUCCAUGGACUCAGUGAAAACCCCAGACCAAGCCAUCCUCUGGCUUUGGAGGAAGCAUAACGUGGUGAACGGCCGCCUGGCAGGCCAUCCGAGUGAGGAUCCCAGGUUUCCAAAGCUUCAGUGGCCCACUCCAGACCUCUGCCCAGCCUGCCAUGAGGAAAUGAAGGGCCUGGACAGCUGGGAUGAAGGCCACGUGCUCACAUUCUUAAAACAGCACUACAGCCGCGACAACCUCUUAGACACAUAUUCCACAGACCAGGGGGAUUCUGGUGAAGGAGGAAUGCUGGCUAGGGGUGAAGAAGAGGAGAAAAGACUCACUCCCCCAGAGAAGUCCCAUGGAGACCGAGACGCCCAGAGUGUUCGUCCACCCAGUGCGCUGGGCCCCAGGCCCGCCCUUCCGGAGAGCUUGCGCCACAGGCUGGACGUGAGACUCCAGAAUCUGGAUGGGCCCGAGGUCCACAAGCAGGUGGAGGUGGCCGUGCCCUUCCUCGGGGUUGGCUUCUCCAGCCUGGACAUGAGUCUCUGUGUGGUGCUGUAUGUGGCCUCGUCCCUGUUCCUCAUGGUGAUGUACUUCUUCUUCCGGGUGAGAUCCAGGCGGUGGAAGGUCAAGCACCACCACCCGGCUGUGUGAGUGCCCUCGGAGAGGCAGCCCCGCCCUGUGCCACCUGCAGCUUUAAUAUUGGAUCAGGGAUUUUACAUGCGGGCCCGGUUUCACAUCCAAUGGCACCUUUUGGCUUCCUAGUCCUCGUUUCACAAACGCUCUUCUGACGAGGGAAGAGGUGGGGUAAUUUUGUGCGGAUGUCUGCAUUCCUGGCACGCCCAAGUCUGUUCAUACUGCUUUCACGGGUUCUACAGCAAAAAGGCUUUCUAUGUUUGCUCUAAAACAGGGCAAGGAGUCCAGGCCAAAUAGUGUUCCCCACACACUUCAAUCUCAAGUGUCCUGGACUCUGGCUCAUCCUGCAAGGCCUUGUUGCCCCCGCCCCUCCAGGCUGCCAAGUGUUCUCCUUUAGCCAGGCGGGGGCGGAGCAGAGCCGGAAGUGCAGGCGUGCGCUCCUCCAAGCAAGUGCGGCUCCGGUGACUGUCCAGUGUGCUUUCCACGGCUUCCCUAGGGAAGGGUUCCUGAGGGCUCGCUGUGCUCCUGCAGGUGUUUUCACUCCAGUUGGGAUUUGAACAGGGGAGGAGCCGAGGAAUUUCGUGGCUGUGCUGCAUUUCAGAAGAUAACCCCCAGAGGCCUUGUGCCGUGGACUUGGGGAUGGGAAGGAUGGUGGCUUAUUUAACCCUCAGAGGCAGUGCCUUUGUUUGUUUAUCUGGUGACAAGAGAGAGACAAGUAAAUGGAGGCCAUUCGGACAGCUGGUCCCCGCAGGGCAGCUCUGGGCUCAGCGGGCAGGCGGUGCUCAGAGCAGAGGCCCCUCUGUUGGGGGGUGGGGAGGAGAGUGGUCUGCCCUUGGGAGCACAGCCCCAGGGAGACUUCUAAAGACCCCUCUGUGGUCUGCUCUUCACCCAGCACCACAGAGGCCUGCAGAUCCCAGCCACACACGCACCUCACUCUGGGCCCAUGGAGGGGCAGGGGUGGCAGGCGUCUGUGCCAGGUUUCCUUUGCCUGAAGCUGCUUUGGGAAGGAUCUCCACACAGGCACUGGUUUCCAAAGCUUUGGUCAUUAUUUCUUUUACCAUUUAAUAAUUUUAAACAUUGUUUUAAACCCAAAACAUUUAGUGGUCAGUUACCUCUGAAGAUUUAAACAAAACACACUAUUUCUGGGAACAUUUAUAUUGAGCUUCUUUGUGGCUGUUGGUGUGUCUCACAGGCUCAGUUUGAUUUGGCUAAAGUAGGCUCAGAUGUGUUUGUGUGACCAUCUGUGUGUGUGUGUGUGUGUGUGUGUGUCUCUCUGACAGUGGUAAAUAUUUUUUCCGCUUUGCCUCCUUGGCGGUGUGUACUCAUGUGUUUACUAACCGCAGCGGAUCACAUGGUGUAUUCGUAAGACCACCAUAAUAUUCAUGUUGUUGCGGCUUGAGGAACACGGUCAGCAGCUGAUUCCUUAAACAGCCGUCACAGAAUGGCUGCGCCAAGGAUGCCGCCCAGAGCCCCGUAGCUGGUGGGAGAGGUGUCUGAUGCCCUGGCCCCGGGCUUCACGGCCCUCACGUGAGCGUUUCUUCUGGUUUCACACUUCCAACCCCUCUGUGCUUGGACAGCCGUGAUGUUGCCUUCAUUGCUGGUUAGAGGCCUGUGUUAUUGAAGACACCAAGUGUUUCUCUUUCAGCUUGAAAACCAGGCGGGUCUACACAUGGGUUUCAGUGUAUUUGCCUUUGAACCCUUAACUAAACUGACUUUUGGUUAGUGUUGAAUGUCUUUAGCCGGGGUGACCUGGGACAGUGUUAGGUUUACCGUCUCCAGCUUCGGCCUUUCCAGAAACCCAUGUGGAGCGCAGUGUGGCUGCAGUUUCAUCAUCCUAUUGCAAUCUGGGGUCACCACUGUUUUGGGGACAAGCUUGUGACCUGCUGAGGGGCAGGGUUUUCAGCAGUGUCAGUAGUGGGGAUCUGAGCCACUGUGGGGGUGGCCCCAGGGGUCACAUGUCCAUGCUGUAACACACCUUGUGUGACCGCUCAGAGCUGGAUGCCACCUUUAGGCAAGGUUUAGAGCCUAUUUUCUCAAGUUUUAAGUAUUUUAAGAGGUAUUGAGACUAAUGAAUAUAAUAGUUCAGUAAUUUAAAUGUUUAUUUAUUUUUAACUGAAGGAUUUUUAUUAAAAAUAAGCUAAUUGACAUGGAAAUGUCAGUGAAAUUUCUUACCUGCAAGGAAAGUGAACAUUUUGUAUUUAAGUAAACUAUAAUGUGCACAUUUUAUGAAUAAAGGAAUCUGACAUUUGAAAA